UCAUUCAGAGUGGUUGUGGCGAAAUCAAUGACAAUUUAAUGGCGCCUCUGAUCAUGACUAAUACCUGCAAGACUGCUUCAGCGAGCCAGCUUACUGCAGUCAUCCCAUGCUUCCCUUAUGCCCAGCAGGAUAAGUAAGACAAGAGUCAGGUGACAUUCUCAGCCAAGCUUGCUGCAAACGUGCUAUCUGUAGCAGACGCAGAUCAUAUUAUCACCAUGGACCUACAUGUUUCUCAAAUUCAGGGCUUUUUUGAUAACCCAGUGGACUAUUUGUAUGCAGAGCCAGGUGUCCUGAAGUGGAUAAGGGAGAAGAUCUCUGAGCAGAAGAACUGCACUAUUGUUCCAUCUGAUGCUGGUGGAGCUAAGAGAGUGACCUCCAUUGCAGACAGGAUGAAUGUGGACUUUGCCUUGAUUCACAACGAAGGCCAAUGAAGUGGACCGCAUGGUUCUUGUGGGAGAUGUGAAGGAUCUGGUGGCCAUCCUUGUGGAUGACAUGGUUGACACUUGUGGCACAAUCUGCCAUGCAGCUGACAAACUUCUCUCUGCUGGAGUCACCAGAGCUUAUGCUAUCUUGACUCACAGAAUCUUCUCUGGUCCAGCUAUUUCUCACAUCAACAACGCAUACUUUCAAGCAGUAGUAGUCACCAAUAACAAACCCCAGGAGGACAAGAUGAAGCACUGCUCCAAAAUACAGGUGAUCAACAUCUCUAUGAUCCUUGCAGAAGCCAUCAGGAAAAUUCACAAUGAAGAAUCCGUUUCUUACCUAUUCAGUCAUGUCCCUUUAUAAUACAGUAACUUCUGAGGUUUUUUAAGAAUAAAAUCCA